CCGGGAGGCUGAAGUCUUGCGGGCAACGAGUGACUUCUUCAUUCACAUCUGUCCUCCGGGGCGUGUUCAAAACAAAGGAGCCGGGGAGCCCGCGUGUGGUAUCGUGCGUCACGUCAUACGUGUGGUCAUGUGAGUGUUAAGUUCUGCGAAGCUGCGCUGAUGAUGACCUGUGUCAAAUGACUAGGGUUUAUCCCCGUAGUUUAUCCAUCGGCCUCAGGUGGUUUUAGGUGAGCGUUGUUGCGCAGAGGAGUCGUACGUGACGCAGUCGGCGUUGUCCUACAACAGACACUCGGCCCCCCCACCCCCACAGUUUGGAGGAGACAGACCGGAGAACAGCGGUUAUGCGUUAAAAGGAACUCUGUUCCCUCGUCCAACCGUGUUUCCCUCUUACUAAAAUGAUAGCACGUAGCAUCGGUGGUUAGCAUUACGUACGGCGUGGGUUUAGUUUGUGGGAAACAGCGCUCGACGACGGCGAUGCGAGACGUCAGUUUGACGUCACGCGCACUCAACAUCUGGGUGGGAGGGAUCUCCCCCAAAGCAGCGAGAACUGUCGUGGCAACUCUCCCAAAGCAGCGACUACUGUCGUGGUAACUCCCCCAAAGCAGCGGCAACUGUCGUGACAACUGUCCCAAAGCAGCAAUAACUGUCGUGGCAACUCCCCCCUAAACAGCGGCAUCCGUUGUGAGGCAUAUUUUAUAUUUGAACGCCAUCCUCCAAAACUACAACGAACCACAGUGCCGUUGGAUAAACCCCUCUGAAGCAGACGGUGGUUACCACAGAAUCCAGACAUCAAACCUAAACAAAACAUUUCCUUUUCCUCCAUAUGAAACAUUUGUAGCCUUUUUUCCCAUUAAGAAUUUGUAUAAUUGGGAUUCCUACUUAUGUCAUAUUAUAUAUCAUUAGGUAAUCUGUCAUAAUGGGUUCUAGAAUGGAAACAGUAGACGUAGUUGUGGUAGCCCUGUAUUUUGUCCUGGUGCUAGCCAUAGGUUUUUUUGCCAUGUGGAAAUCCAAUCGCAGCACCGUGAGUGGCUACUUCCUGGCUGGACGCUCCAUGACGUGGAUCGUGGUAGGUGCGUCGCUCUUCGUCAGCAACAUUGGCAGUGAACACUUCAUAGGCCUGGCUGGCUCUGGCGCAGCUAGCGGCUUUGCCGUUGGAGCGUGGGAAUUUAAUGCGCUUCUACUUCUGCAGCUCCUUGGUUGGGUGUUUGUCCCUGUGUAUAUACACUCGGGAGUCUACACCAUGCCUGAGUACCUGUCGAAGCGCUUUGGUGGCAACAGGCUAAAGGUUUACUUUGCUUUCUUGUCUCUACUGCUAUAUAUUUUCACUAAGCUGUCUGUGGACUUAUUUGCUGGAGCUCUCUUCAUUCAAGAGUCCCUGGGUUGGAACCUUUAUGUGUCUAUCUUCCUGCUCAUUAGUAUGACCGCCCUGCUCACCGUCACCGGCGGAUUGGUGGCAGUGCUCUACACGGAUUCACUUCAGGCAGUGUUGAUGAUUUGUGGAGCCCUAACCUUAAGCAUCCUUAGCCUAAUCAAAGUAGGUGGGCUAGAAGGUGUCAGAACCAAGUACAUGCAGGCGGUCCCCAAUGUUACUGCAAUAAUGGCCACCGGAAACUUCACCUAUUCUCCUUCCUGCAGAAUUGAUCCUAAACCGAACGCGCUACGUGUCCUUCGGGGUCCUCUGGACGAAGACAUCCCAUGGCCAGGCUUCCUUCUGGGCCAGACCCCCGCAUCUAUUUGGUACUGGUGCGCUGACCAGGUGAUUGUUCAGAGAGUACUGGCAGCAAAGAACCUUGCUCACGCUAAGGGCUCUACGCUCAUGGCUGGAUUGCUCAAGAUCCUCCCCAUGUUCCUAAUAGUCAUCCCGGGAAUGAUCUCCCGCAUCAUGUUUGUGGACGAGCUCGCCUGCAUUGGGCCGGAGCACUGCACAUCUGUGUGUGGCUCCCAGGCCGGCUGCUCAAACCUCGCCUACCCGCGCCUGGUCAUGGCAGUGAUGCCUGUGGGACUCCGCGGUCUGAUGAUGGCGGUCAUGAUCGCUGCCCUGAUGAGUGACCUGGACUCGAUCUUUAACAGCGCAAGCACCAUCUUCACCCUGGACAUAUACAAAACGGCUCGAGGCGAGGCUUCUCAGCGCGAGCUGCUGAUCAUGGGGCGCUUGUUCGUGGUGCUCAUGGUGGCGAUCAGCAUUGCCUGGGUCCCUGUUAUCAUCGAGAUGCAAGGCGGACAGACGUACCUCUACAUCCAGGAGGUCGCCGGCUACCUCACUCCACCGAUCGCAGCCCUGUUCCUGUUGGGUGUGUUCUGGAAACGGUGCAACGAGAAAGGAGCCUUUUGCGGAGCGAUGACGGGCUUCACGCUGGGUGUCACGCGGCUGAUCCUGGCUUUUAUCUACCGCCAGCCCCGCUGCGACCAGCCGGACGAUAGGCCCGCUCUCAUCGUUAAAAUUCACUACAUGUACGUUGCUGCCGGGCUUUUUUGGAUUACGUGUUUCGUGGUAGUGGUGGUCAGCCUCUGCACCCCUGCGCCGGAUGAGGAGCAGGUUCGCACCACCACAUUCUGGGGGGUCCGCAACAGGAAAAUGCUUCCCGCAGAGGAGAAAAAGGACACUGGCAGGUUGACCGAGAAGAGCCUUUGCGGUGCGGACAGAAGCCUGGAGGAAGAAAUGCCCCUAAAUGUCAGAGAGGAGAAGUGUCUGGAUGGGGCAUUUGUCGUGCCCUUGAUCCCAUCCACUGUCUGUGACCCAGAAACACCAAGUACGGAAACAUCCCCUGUCACCACCCCUCCGGAGCAAUUUGACAGUGCAAAGAUGGAGAUGAUCAGAAAGGAAAGCUGCCAUGAUGUUGGGGAGACCACCAGGUUCAUGCGUUCACUGGAAUGGUUUUGUGGAUGUAAGGAGGAAGCACAGAGCCCAAAGCAAAGCCUCAUGCAGGAGGACGCCAGAGUCAUUGCCGAGAGGCUGUACGAGCCGCCUCAAGUUAAAGCUCUCCUCAACGUGGGUCUGUUCAUCAACUGUUGUCUGGCCAUCUCAAUGUAUGUUUAUUUCUCACUGUAGGUGAACUCUGCACUUGUGAACUGCGUGGAUGUUAGUUUAUUGAGGUAAGCGUUGUGUGGGGGUUUGGCGGCUAAAUUGAGAAGAUCCGUGGUAAUGUCUCUCGUAGCUCUCUAACAAAGAUCUACUCUAAUCGGUUAUUUUUAAUAAUGAAAGCUUUUCAACAUGAAAGCAAUUCUGCGGCUUAAUGACUGUGAAGUUUAUUUGUGCAGCACUUACAUUUGGGAUUUUUAUGUAAUCUAUUAACUUAAUAUUUGCCUUAUUUGCACUGUUUUUUUUUCUGUGACAAAUUAAUGUAUUCCGCGAUUUAUGCUUAUUUAUUUUUCUAUUUAAAUGGUGACCGUAGUUUGUAUGUUGUCAAGUCAAAAAACUGUUUUAUGUUCGAGGGCCUUUGCGUCUUUUUGCGAGUUUUUGCCACUGAAUCCUAAAUUGUUACGAUAUUAUUUAAGUUUAUGAUACAUUUUGUUCAAGCCCUUGACUGUCAUUUCAUGGUUAUCAGCAAAUGAUCUCACAAACAUAUAUGUUAACAUAUAUAUAUCACCAACACAUCACCAUUAUGUGGGCCCGACUGGAGGUAUGUCUGAGCUUACAGUCAAUAUCUGGUAAUUAUAAGAACUGAAGAGGAGAGGCACAACAUUAGAAAUUGUUACACUUUUUAAAUCUAGAUUUCUUCUCGUUUGAGAAGAAAUAUCCUUAUUAAGACACUGUUUCAACAAAAAUCCUCGACCAAUGCUUUUUAUUGUGUAUCCAUUCGUAAUCUAGGAAUAUGUCAUUGUAACGUUGUUCACGUGUAGAGUCUGUUGCAAUAUGUGAACGUUCGGUAUAUUAUUGAGAAUUUGAUCACCCACAAUGUACAUUUUGUUGCAGUUCAAUUAAUUGUUUCAAGUGCGUAUGAACUCGUUUUACCAAAUGUGUCUUAAUAUGCUAAAGUAGACAAAACAAAGAGUUGUGAUUUUCUCUCAAAUGAGCUGGCAGUGGGUUUGGAGGAUUGAGCGAUGAUUGCAAUGUCACUUUAAAAUGUUGUCCUUCUCUCUGAGAGAACACACAUUAUUGUUUUAUUGAUGAUGUUUUUAGAGGCUUAAAAUAAAAAAUGUAAUUCAGUG